GUGUAUUUGAAAAAAAGUUUUGAAAUCACAGAUCAAGUGUUUUCAUGAAUCUCAUAAAUGUCUUUUUUGACAUGAGAUUCUCGCUGGCAUGUUUGCUGGUGAUCAGCUUGACAGGCACGAUCAGCAGCAGCCCAUUGUACCAGACUCGAUCACUCACAGACGAUUUCGAUGACUUCGUAUCGCUCCUACCCCUCGACAAGAUCGUUCCUAUAGUCCAGGAGUACCUGCAACAUGACAAAGAAGUUCAAAGAGUAGUAGAGUACGUAAAAACCGAGGAAUUCAAGAAGUUGGUAACGCUAAUUGAAGGAAUCCCAGAUGUUGUUGAGUUUGUCAAAUAUCUGCAGGAAUCAGGGUUUGAUGUGAUAGAUUUAGUCAACAAGUUGAACAAUGUCAUUGGACUUCCACCGAUGAAACCCGUCGGUAGAGUAGCCAUUUCCGGUGGAGUGGCUGGUCUAGUGGCAGACAUCAAGAGUCUUUUGCCACUCAAGGAAAUCAAGGCCAUGUACUACGACAAAAUGAAGACUUCACCGGAAUUCAAGAAUUUGAUUGACCGCCUUCACUCCCCAAAACUCCAAGCUAUCGUAGACACACUUGCAGCUAACAAAGAAGUUCAGCACAUCUUUAAGACUCUAAAAGCGCAUAACGUCCAUUUUGAUGUCCUGUUCGAUGUCAUCUCCAAGAUUUUGGGUGUCACGUUCCCAAAAGCCGGGCUUGCCAGGAGUGGACGCUCCCUCGCUGAUGAUUUCCAAGACUUCGUGGCCCUCGUACCCCUCGAUAAAGUGAUACCAAUCGUGACUGAGUACGUGCAGAAUGACAAAGAAGUUCAACACGUAAUUCAAUACGUGCAAUCUCAGGAGUUCAAGAACCUCGUAGCUGAAGUCGAGAGCAUAGAAGACGUUCUCGCAUUCUAUAAUUACCUACAGGCGUCUGGUUUGAACGUUUAUGAUGUAGUCAACAAGCUUCACAAGUUUAUCAAUCUUCCUCCAUUAGUCCCUCGUAGGGCUCUAGCAAGGAUGACAGGUGGAGUUGCUGGUCUUAUCGCAGACGUCAAAGCUGUACUCCCACUUGAAAAAUUCAAAGCUCUAUACUACCAGAAAAUGGAAUCAUCCAAAGAAUUCAAGGAGUUAGUUCAACGUCUGAGUUCUCCUAAAUUCCAGGCUAUCAUUGACAGGCUUUUCACCAAUGAAGCUUUCCUUCGCAUCCUCAAAACAGCAAAGGAACACGGAAUCCAUGUCGAUCUUGUAGCCGAUUUACUCUUCAAGAUGUUCGGAAUCAAAUUCCCAGGACAUAGAGUGCGCCGUGAUGCAUUCGAUCUCCACGAUGAUCUUGCUGACUUUAUCGCCCUGAUUCCCCACCAUGAGAUUGUGGAAAUUGUAUUGGAAUACAUGGAAAAGGACGACGACGUCCGAAAAGCUGUGGAAUAUAUCCAAAGUGCUGAAUUCCGGCAAUUGGUCAAGAUCGUUGAAGAGAUGGAUGAUGUCAAGAACUUUUACAACUACCUGCAGGAAUCUGGUUUGAACAUUUACGAUGCAAUUAAUAAGCUCCACGAUUUCAUUGGUUUAGCUCCUAUAACCCAUCAGGGACUCUCCCGUGGAAUCACUGGUGGACUCAAUGGCAUGAUCCAGGACAUCAAAGCUAUCCUACCCCUUGACAAAAUCAAAGAUUUGUAUUACGAAAAAAUGGCAACUUCACCAGCUUUCAAAAAACUCAUCGAACGUCUCCACUCUCCCAAGUUCCAAGCGGUUGUUGACAAACUUUACGCAAACAAAGAGUUUCAGGAAAUCUUAAAAGCUGCCAGAGUAGCUGGAAUCAACCUUGAAAAAGUAGCAGACCUUCUGUCGACCAUUUUUGGAUUAAAGUUCCCACCAGCAAGCAGCAGAACCAUAGCUCGCAGUCUUUACGUAGACCUCCAUGACUUCAUUGACCUGCUGCCUAAGGAGGAAAUCGCUAAUAUCUUUUUCGAUUAUCUAGCCAAUGAUCAGCAGGUACAGAAUGUUGUCCAAUAUAUUCAAACUCCGGAAUUCAGGAAGCUAGUGAGUGACGUUGAGGAAAUCGAGGACGUCUUGGCAUUCUAUCGUUACUUGGAUCAAUCUGGUUUAGAAAUCUAUGAUUUGGUCAAUGAACUUCACAAACUAAUAGGUCUUCCGAAUAUCAAACCAGAUCUGAUGGCAAGGAAGAUCACAGGAGGUGUCUCUGGCCUCAUCGAUGAUAUCAUAGCUAUCCUACCAGUGGACAAAAUCAAGGCACUUUACCAUGAAAAAUUGGAGAAGUCUCCAGAGUUCAAGAAUCUUAUCGAACGGCUCCGCUCGCCAAAAUUCCAAGUAGUUGUGGACACACUCUUCGCUAAUCAAGAAUUCCAGAGUAUCCUGAAGAGGGCUAAAGUAGCUGGAAUCGAUGUCAAGGCAAUCGCCAACUUGCUCUCCAAAAUCUUUGGUCUUCAUUUCCCAGAAUCUCGUCAACGCCGCAGCUUACAAUCAGAUCUGGAUGACUUUAUUAUGCUCAUGCCGAUUGAAGAAAUCUCAAAAAUCGGAAUUAGCUACUUGAUGAAUGAUGCUGAAGUCCAAGAAGCUGCCAAGUUCAUCAGAAGUGAUGAAUUCAAGAAAUUGCUCAUAGAACUCCAGGGAGAAAAAGAUAUCAACGACUUUUUGAAUUAUCUGCAAGAUUCUGGCUUGAGUGUUUACAACCUUAUUGAUCUAAUCAAUGACUUCCUCGGAGUUCCACACUAUCCUCGACCACUGAGCACAUCAGCAGUCUCACGAGUUGGAGAGACUUCAGGUGUUCAAGGUCUGCUCAACGCAAUCCGAGCUGUUCUUCCAUACGACAAAAUCCAUUCAUUCUACGAAGCGAAGCUCAAGAGUUCUGAGGAGUUCCGAGCAUUCAUUCAACGCUUCAAGGCCCCUGAGAUGCAGGCAAUUGUUGACAGACUUGUGGUCAACAAGAGAUUCAUUGAACUUGGGCGUCAAGCACACGCCCAUGGAAUUAAUAUAGACCACAUCACCACUUUCCUAGAGGAAUUGUUCGGCCUGAGAUUUCCAGAAGUGCCUUUCCCACCUAAACCUCUGAGUAUCUACGGUGAGAGCGAACUCACUUCAGAUUUGACCGAAUUCAUGGAACUCCUGCCAGUUGAUGAAAUCGUCAAAACUGUUCUCGAAUACACCUUACACGACCAAGAGACAAAGGAUACAAUUGAAUAUCUUCGAUCUGAGGAGUUCAAAGAUAUCGUCAGAGCCCUUGACAAAAUCCCUGAAUACGAGGAAAUGCUGGAGACCCUCGAUUCCGCUGGUCUUGACGUUUAUGAACUGAUUCAAAUGUUCCACAAGUUCAUUGGUUUGGACGACAAACAUCCCUUCGUGGUGCAGACCCUGAUCUCUGGAAAGCCUGGUGUUUCCGGACUCAUUGCCAGAUUGAAGGAGCUCCUACCCUAUCCUCAAAUCAAAGAACUCUACUACUUCAAACUACAGCAUUCCAAGGCUUUUGCUGAUUUCGUCGGCCUCAUCAAGUCCGCCAAUUUCCAGACUGUGACAAACACCCUCUUCGCUAAUCAGAACUUCCAGAAGCUCCUCCAUGAGGCCAAAGCUCAUGGUGUCGACGUGCAAGCCAUCUCUGAUUUUUUCGCUCGGGUUUUCGGAAUCACAACACCACCUGGAGUCAUCGAUUCAUGAAUUCUACGGUGAAUUUAUCAUCUCUGCGUGAUUAAUGUUGUGAAAUUUUUAUCUUAUAUUUGUAAUGUGUUAACUGAAUGAAUAAAUCAAUGCGCAGCGCUGUAAA